AAAAUUUUCGUGGUCAUACAAUACAUGCAUACGUAUAUAUUAUCAUUAUUAUUAUUAUUAUUAUUAAAAUUAUUAUUACAUUAGUAUUUGUAAAUGUAAAAAAAUUAGUGUAUGAAAAUUGAUGAAGCACAAGCACAUCUUGAAAAGGAAUAAUCGGAGAACAUUCAAGAAACAUUACCAAGGACAUCAAUCGUGACAUAGAAAACUGUCGCACAUAUUAGUUUUCACUUGGAGAUAUUUUUUAAAAAUAUGGCCUCAAGAUCUAAUCAAGGAAUCCAAAGGGUUUUAGGAAAAUUAGAGGCUUCUGUUAACUCUGGUAAUUAUUAUGAAGCCCAUCAAAUGUACAGGACACUUUAUUUUAGAUAUCUUGCUAAAAAAAAGUACACAGAUCUACUGGAGUUACUUUACAAUGGUGCCAUUCUUUUACUUCAACGUGAUCAGCAUGCAAGUGGUGCUGAUUUAGGAAUAUUAUUUGUCGACGUAUUAAAUAGAUCAGAAACACAGGAACCGGGAAUAUAUUUUGAAAAAAUAACAAAUUUAUUCAGUAUUAUGAAACCAGGUACACCUGAAAGGGAAUCAUUUCUUCAUAAUGCACUUAGAUGGAGUUUAAAACACACUAAUUGUAAGUGGGGACAUCCUGAUUUACAUAAAAUGAUAGCUCAAGUUUUUUGGCAAGAAAAAAAUUAUACUAUGGCGAGACAGCACUUUGUAUACAGUGAUGAUGGCGCAGGUUGUGCAGCGAUGCUUGUAGAAUUGCAUCAGCAACGUGGUUACUCCAAUGAAGUUGAUCUUUUUAUCGCUCAAGUUGUUCUACAAUAUCUAUGUCUACACAAUGCGUCAACAGCACAAGAGGCCUUUGAUUCCUACACGUCGCAACAUCCUAAAAUAAAUAGCGAGCCUCCUUAUCUGUUACCUCUAUUAAACUUUUUAUUUUUUCUUCUCAAAACCAUUCAACUAUCAUCACUUGCAGGAUUCACGGUCUUGUGUGAACAAUAUCAGUUGAGUUUAAAUAGAGAUCCUAGUUACCGUACAUACCUCGAUAAAAUAGCCCAGUUAUUUUUCGACGUUCCUGCACCACGUCCACGACGACAGGGACUAUUUGGCAGCAUUCUUCAGUCGCUUUUUAAUGGUCUUGAGGAUGAUGAGUCAGAUGCCGAGGAACAGACUUCAAGGCAAGCUAGUAGUAAUGCCUCGACAUCACACGCCAUACAAGAGCUUGACUGAUUCCCCCCAUCAGAUGCAGUGUAAUAUAGUUGAUUAACAACUUAAUUAUAAACAUAUAUAUCGCGUUACUAAUUCCAAAAAAACAUAUUUUCAUAUGCUUUGGGAAACUCUAGAGCCAAAGGCUUAUUUUUUUUAUCAAUCGUUUUGUAGACUUAUUUUACCGUCAAAAAUUUUUAAAGAUAAACAGACGUAUAAUUAUGAUCCUAAAAUUGAAAGACAAUCAAAAAUUUUCGGAUUUUUUUUCCACAAAUCAAUUUUUUAAAAAAUGCACACUUGGAAAAUUAAAAAAACUACAGGUGCAAUUUUUUCAAAUAUUUUUUUUUAUGAUUUAUCGUUUUUAAAAAAAAUUCAAAAGUUAUUAGACGUCGGCUAACUUCAGUAUCAUGGGUAAUUUAAAUUGAACGUCGAUUUGGCUUUCAAAUUUUUUUUUAGUUUUUGGCUUCAAAAUAAAACUACAGAACGAUUGGCGUUAAAAAAAAUAUGCGCCCUUUGGCUUUAGGAAAUUCUAGAGCCAAAGGUUUAUUUUUUUUUUAUCAAUCGUUUUGUAGACUUAUUUUACCGCCAAAAAUUUUGAAAAAUAAAAAGGCGUAUAAUUAUAAUCCUGAAAUUGAAAGACAAUCAAAAGUUUUCGGAUUUUUUUUUCCACAAAUCAAUUUUUAAAAAAAUGCACACUUGGAAAAUUCAAAAAACUAUAGGUGCAAUUUUUUCAAAUAUUUUUUUUUAUGAUUUAUCGUUUUUAAAAAAAAUUCAAAAGUUAUUAGACGUCGGCUAACUUCAGUAUCAUGUGUAAUUCAAAUUGAACGUCGAUUUGGCUUUCAAAUUUUUGUUUUCCAUUUAUUGGCUUCAAAAUAAAUCUACAAAAAACUAUGAGCCUUUUUAGUUUCAAGGAGCUUUCAAAGCUUAUAAAAAUAUAUGUCCUUGAGAAAUUAAUAACGCGAUAUAUAAUACUUGGUUUGUAUAAAAAAAAUUUAUAAACUCAUAUGAGUUAUUUAUGAUAAUGUGCACUUUAUGUUUCAAUGCAUAGACACAAAAAAUAAAAACUUUAAAAGUAAUAAAAGGAUUAUAUCCUGCUGGUCUGACCGAGAGUAAGAUAAAUCUCGGGUACUAUUGAUAAUUAUUUGAAUUACUAAUUUAAUUAAUUAAUUCAUUAAUUUUUUUUUCUUAUAUUAAAUUAAUUAACUCUUUUUUCUUCUACGUUUGUUACAGACUGUUUUGAUUUAAGCGUAAACUUUAUUUAUGAAAAUAAUAAGAGUUGGCGGAUGUAUUUUUUUUUUUUCUAUCGGUAAUUAUUAUUUAAAGACUUUGAUCAUGAGUCGUGGAGGAUUAAUGCAAUGUACAAAUAAAUAUGUGGAUUUAGUAACUUGUAAUAACGUAUAUCAGUUAACGUAAAUACUUAUUACAAAAAAAAAGUAAACAGUGAAGAUGAUGAUAUAAAUUUUUUUUUGUAAUUUAGCCGGGAAAAAAAUAUUUGUUUAAAUUUAGGGAAAAUAAAAUUUUUCUAUCUGUCACAUAUUUAAAAAAAAAUAUGUAAGUACACAAAAAUAAAAUAGAAGUAUCAGAUUAAAUAAAAUCUUCCUCAUAUAAGAACGAGAUAUUUAAUUAAAUUUUUUCUUUAUAUAUUUUAAAUGUAUAUAAUAUAGCAGUUAUUAUUUGAUAAUUUGUAUUUAAUUUUGAAUGCAAUAAUUAUAAAUUUUAACUUUUAAAAAAAUAAAUGAGAAUUUAUUCUGUUUCCUGAUGAAAAAACAAAAUUUUUUAUUUAAAUAUUCAAAAAUUUUUAUUUCUAUGUACAAAAAUAGAAACAUUGAUUAUCAAAACUAUUUAUGAUAUUUAAAAAAAAAUCGUAUGUAUGAGAUUAAAAAAUGGGAAUGAUGAGAAAUAAAUUUAAAAUUACAAUUGUUUUUUAAAAGUAAUUAUUUUAGUACUCGUCCAAUCCCGGGAGGGGAAAUUUGCUCGCGUAUUCCUCGACUUCGUGACGAAGAGCCGCGACCUUGGCCUUUAUUUCCGAGUCAUUAUCCAAUACUGAUUUAAAAUCAACGAGUUUGGGUCCAGAUUUAGCUGUCACUGCUUUGGAUAAUUCCAGCCCACGAUGAAUGAAUUCAGCGACGGCUUUGAAAUUUUCUUGUUUGAAUCCACGAGUAGUGAGUGCUGGUGUACCCAAUCUUAUUCCGCUCGGAUUCAAAGCACUCUUGUCACCAGGGACAGUAUUUUUAUUACAAGCAAUGGAUAUGUCUUCUAAAAUACGUUCAGCUUUAGAUCCAGUUACUCCCGUGUUCCGUAGAUCGACGAGCAGCAAAUGGACGUCAGUACCAUCAGUACUGAUUUUGUAUCCAAGAGCUUUGAGACUUUUGCAUAAUUCCUGUGCGUUAGCAACAACUUGCUUUUGAUAGCUAGCGAAUUCCGGAGUCUGCGCCUGUUUCAUAGCCGUCGCGAUGGCAGCGAUUGCAUGGUUGUGUGGACCACCCUGCAAUCCUGGGAACACGGCUUGAUUUAUUUUACUUUCGAAGUCAUACAUCGUCUUCUCGCCAUUUUUACCGACGCUUUUUACACCCUUGCGGAAAAAUAUAACACCAGCACGUGGACCCCGGAGUGUCUUGUGGGUCGUCGUCGAGACGACGUCGCUGUACUCAAAGGGACUCGGUAUCACUCCGGCUGCAACUAGACCGGAGAUGUGAGCCAUGUCGCUGAACAAAUAGGCGCCGUUUUCAUCAGCAAUCUCACGGAAUCUUUUGUAAUCUAAGCAUCGGCUGUAGCACGACACCCCGGCGAUUAUUAUUUUAGGUUUGAAAAGUUUGGCUUCCUCUGCUAGCUUAUCGUAGUUUAUUAAUCCUGUUGAUGGAUCCACUUUGUAAGGCAUCGA